CCUUUUCCCAGAAUGCAACAGCUUCGGCUCUUUUCGGAUAUCUCCGGGCUCACACCGAUUGAGGAGCACGAGAAGGAGUCUCACUCUCGCGUCUGCGGAAGUAUGAAAGCAUCACAACCGCACUGAAAGCUACUCUGAGAAAAAUGCGGUUGCCAACAAGUGGCUAAUGGCACUACAGAGGUUGUCGGGGACAUUAAACGUCAUCAAGCCAAACAGGCUCCAGGGGGGGUGGACGCUGCUGUCCAUGCCUGAGGUGAAGGCCCACGCUGGGCAGAGGAUGCAGCAGCAGUGGGGUUGGAGGUCUGAUGAUGUUGCUGGUGUCCUGCUGAACAAAAGGUUAAAGUUGAGACGCCUCUUUUGUCCUCAUAUGUCACAACACUGUUAACCAGCAGCUGCUGCAGAAAGGCCUCAUGGGAAUGCCUUCCUUAUACCUGUGCUAAAAGCUUUUCCUUCAGUUAAAGCGAAGGAGAAGAAAGGAAAGAAAGGAAGAAAGAAAAAACACAGAGAGGAAAUCAAGGGGACAGACCCUUGGGCAGAUGCUUUUUUCCCUCGUUCAAAGGAGCCGCCGGAUCAGCCGGAGACUUCAAGUGAAACCUGAUAAUUGUCAGCGAUGCAGAAGCAGCCAGCAAUGGUGCUUCCUGGAGCCGUUCAGAUGAGGAUCAAGAGCUCUCAAAGCAACACUGGCGAGAGACUCAGCCAGACAAAGUCUAUGGUCUUACCAGAGCCUGACACACUACAGAAACCUAUCAACCGUCACCGGAGGAACCAGUCUCAGCAUAACAUUGAUGGUUCUAUUGGGCCGCAGACUGUAUUAAAAGGAGAAUAUUUGAACAAAGCCAAAAUUGCUGAAGGAGGAAAGAAAUUACGGAAAAACUGGACUUCAACCUGGGUUGUACUUUGCUCCAAUCAACUAUUAUUCUAUAAAGAGAGCAAACAAGAAGCUGUGGCAAAUUUGAAACCAGGUGGUAAAGCAGAUGGUGUGGAUCUGUGUGGGGCUGUAAUCGAGUGGACAACAGAGAAAUCCAGUCGAAAGAACGUGAUUCAGAUAACCACUCCAACUGGUCAUGAGUUUUUGCUGCAGGCAGAUCACUUUCCAACCAUCUGUAAAUGGCAUGAUGCCAUCAAGAAAGCAGUGGACAGUCUGUCGAGUGGAGCUGGAGGCCAGAGCAGUGGUAGAGCGGCCCUACACAGAUCCAACAGUACAGAAUGCGUCCCCAGACCAACCUGUGAACCCUGCAAACCUAAACCAAAAGAGACCAAGUCUGAAAACAGACGCUCCAUCAUGUUCAAGCUGAAUUACAGCACCUCAGACAGCGCGGACAAGAAUGGAGUUAAGAACAGACUGAAGAAGUUCAUCUCCAGACGGCCCUCCAUGAAAACGCUACAGGAAAAAGGCCUUAUUAAAGAUCGAGUGUUUGGAUGCCACAUGUUGACCCUGUGCGAGAGAGAAAAGACCACUGUGCCCAGAUUUGUCAAGAUGUGUGUGGAGGAAGUAGAAAAACGAGGCCUGGAGGCUGAUGGGAUAUACAGGGUGAGUGGCAAUUUGGCCAUUAUCCAGAAACUACGCUUCCUAGUUGACCAAGAGGAGGAGCUUGACUUGGGCGACAGCCAAUGGGAGGACAUCCAUGUCAUCACCGGAGCGCUAAAGAUGUUUUUCCGUGAACUGCCAGAGCCCCUGUUUCCAUUUCGCUUUUUUGACUUGUUUGUGGAAGCCAUUAAAAUUAGGGAGCCCACACAGAAGGUUCAAGCCAUGAAGAAACUGAUCCAUCAACUCCCCAAACCCAACCACAACACCAUGAAACUGCUCUUCAACCACCUGAGGAGAGUCUUGACGAAGUCACAGAAAAACUUAAUGUCAACCCAGGGCAUCAGCAUUGUGUUUGGACCGACUCUCAUGUGGCCCGAGUUUGAAUUAGGAAACAUGGAAGUCAAUAUGGUGUACCAGAACCAAAUAGUGGAGUCCAUUCUCAUUGGAUGUGUGGAGAUCUUUGGACCAGAGGGCAAGUAAAGUGACCCCAGAGUAUUCUGGAAAGAGACUGCAAAAAAAAAAAAAAGUUGGCUGGCUGGAUGUAAAAUUGUUUCUUGCUCGUGAUGAUAUUUUUGCCAUUUGAAAAAGAUUUUUAACAGUCACAUUUAUAAUCUUUAUAUAUAAAUUUAUAAUUUUAUUUUUGUAUCAUGCAAAUUUCACAUUGUAUCAUACCUCAAAACAUAAUUGACAAAGUCGAAAAGCUGUAUAUUUGUAAUGAUAUAAAUGGUAGCCUGUCACAAGAAAUAAAACAUUUUUGUAAAUGGGU